AUGGGGGUAGACGUGGGGCAGGAGUCGAAGCGGCAGACAGACGUCGUGUUCGACGGACACCGAUGGACCAAGUACGGACAGAAGGUGCUGCUGCACUCCAGCUUCGUGCGGUCCUACUACCGGUGCAGCUACUGCAGCGCGGCCAAGGGGUCAUGCCCGGCGCGCAAGCUGGUGGACCGGCUCCCCUCCAACCCGCACGAGAUCCGCGUGGGGUACCACGGCCGCCACAACCACGCGGGCCUCAGCCCCGCCUCGCCCACCAUCCAGCGCUCCGUCACUCCCCCCCGGGACUUGUCCGCGUCUUCGCAGAGCAUGGCUGCUGCUGCUGCCGCUGCUGUCGCUGCUGCAGAGGCGGCGGGUGCUGUGAUGGCGGGUGGUGCGGGGGGGAACGGAGAGGCGAGGGAUAUGUCCGCGUCGUCACAAAGCAUGGCUGCUGCUGCUGCUGCCGCUGUCGCUGCUGCAGAGGCGGCGGGUGCUGUGAUGGGGUAUGGUGCGGGGGGGAACGGGGAUGCGCGGUCGAGCGGAGGUGGGGAAGGCCAGUCCGCGGCAGAGGGGGGGAAUGCGCGGAUGCCAAUGCAGUUCGGGGAUUUGUGGGGGGAGGGAGAGGAGGGCGCGGAGGGGAGUGAGGGGGGAGGCCAAGACCUGGACUACAAAACGUUCGAAGCCAUGCUGAGCCGGGGAGAGGAGAUACUGGUGGGCAUGGACGACGAGGGGGAGGGCGAGGAGGAAGGGGGGGAGCAGGGAGAAGGGGAGGGGGAGGGUGGCAGGGAGGGGGCGCAGCAGGGGGGGCGGGGGGAGCAGGCGGAGGGGGAUGAGCGGAGCUGGCGGGCGCUGCAGCUGCCAGAAGAUGGGUACCUGUGGGACCCGCCCAGGCGCCACAAACCGCUCGUCAACUCCAUGUACAUCCGGGUGGUGUAUCGGUGUGCAUACCACCCUGAGGGAACCACGAGGUGUCCAGCAGUGCGAGUGGUGGAUAUCCACCGAGCCAACGCCUCCUCCCUGCAGCUCACCUACACGCGCCCCCACUGCCACCCCCAGCCCGUCCGCAUUCGCCUCACCCGCCGCCCCGCCACCCCCCGCUCCGCCACCCCCCCCUCCGCCAGCCCCCCUUCCGCCACCCCCCCUUCCGCCAGCACCCGCUCCGCCAACCCCCCCUCCGCCCUCCCCCGUUCCACCACCCCCCGGUCGCGCUCCCUCCCUGGUGGCAGGCGCAAGGGUGAAGGGGGCGGACGGGGGGAAUGCAGGGGAGGGGCUGGGGAGGGGGGAGGAGUGGGGGAAGGGGGGAGAGCUGGGGAAAAGGGGGUGGGGGGUGGGGCGGAAGCGGAAGUGAGGGCGCUGGGGAAGAGGGAGGGCGGAGGAGGUGGGAGGAGGAGUAGUGGGAAGGGAGGGGGGCGGGGAGAGGGGUCAGUAGGGGGGAGUGUGGGUAGGGAGCAAGGCACAAGGGAUGAUGAGGGUGUGGGUAGGGUUGUGGGGUGGAAUGGUGCAGUGAUGGGGGGAGUGGCUGGGAUGGUGAGCGCUGAUGGGAUGGGGGGAGUGGAAGGGGGGGUGGGAGCAGAUGGGACGGGCAGAGCAGAAGGGGUGAUGGGAGGAGAAGGGGUGAUGGGAGGAGAAGGGGUGAUGGGAGGAGAAGGGGUGAUGGGAGGAGAAGGGAUGAUGAAAGUUGAAGGGAUGAUGGGGGGAGAAGAGAUGGUGGGAGGAGAAGGGGUGAUGGGAGGAGAAGGGGUGAUGGGAGGAGGAGGGAUGAUGGGAGGAGGGAUGAUGGGAGGAGGAGGGAUGGUGGGUGCAGGGGCGGGUGGGUGGGGCGACUCUGGCUUGAGUGCUGGCGCUGGUGGUGGGGGAGGUGGUGGUGGUGGCGCGUUGGGGCCAGCUGGGGCCUCUGGCACUAGUGACAGGUUAGGCCCAAGCCCACCGCUAAAGCGGGCAAAGCUCUCAACACCUGCGAACCUCGCAGCACCCCUUCGUCCUGCAUCGAGUGCGCUCACCCGCACAGUGUCAGGGCAGGACCAGUCGUGGGGAGGCUUGAUGGGGAUGGGGGCGGUGGGACACAUGGAGCGAGGAGGCUUGAUGGGGGCUGCAGGGCUGAUGGAGUGGGGUGGCGCAGGGGGGGUGAGAGGACGGGGGAGUGUGGAGAGAAGGAGCGGAGCAGGUGGAGGGAUGGGAGCGAUGGGAGGAGGGUUGGAAGGAGGGAUGGAGGGAGGGAUGGGGGGAUGGAUGGGAGAAGCAGCAGGAGGAGGGAUGCUAGGAGGAUUAGGAGGAGGAAUGGGAGGAGGGAUGGAAGGAGGGACAGGCGGAGGGACAGGCGGAGGGAUUGGAGGAGGAACAGGAGGAGGAGGGAUGAGAGGAGGGAUGGGAGGAGGGAUGGGAGGAGGGAUGGGGGGGGGGGGUGGAAGGAGGGAUGGGAGGAGGAGCAGGAGAAAGGGGGGAGAGAUUAGGGGCAGGAGGAGCACGGAGAGUGGAAGGAGGGUUGACUCGAGCGUUUCGGGAGGCUGA